GUUAGUAUCAAACUGCUAGCUAUCUAAUUUGUACAUUUCCAGAGACUUCUCAGACUUCUAUUCAAUAUUACAUAUUUCGUGUGCUUUUAUUCUAGCUCGUAAUUGCGAAAACGCGUACGUAUUGUUAGAUGAGCGUCUGAAGCAAAUGAACGUAGUCAUUAUUGCUCCUCUGUUGAAUGCAACCGGUACCGGCAAUCAUUCAACUUCGCAUCGUAUAAGCAAGCAGUUGCAAGAGUUGGGACACUCUUGCAUAGUAAAAAGUGUUGGCGACUUUCAAGACAGUGACGAAUUUUAUGCCUGGAUUCGACUUCACGACGUUCGAUCUGCACUAGCCAUUCACGCAUACAGAACCAGCGGUCUAAUUAAAGGUUUGGAUAUUGUGCCAUACAGUGUUAUAUUUGGUGGAACGGAUGUUAACGAACACAGCAAAAACAAAGACAAACUGGCAGUCAUGACAUCAGUUGUAGAAAAUGCAGAGUUUCUAAUUGCAUUUACCGACAGUUUGAUGAGUCAAGCAAGACGUCUCUGGCCAGAUGUUUCAAGACGAAUAAUCAAGCAACCACAAGCACCAUAUACACAUCCAUCAUCAUUUAAUUUUCGUCAACACUUGGAAGCGACUUGCAAGCUGUCCGAAGCUAGCAGUGCUUGUAUUUUAAUAUUGUUAGUGGGAGGUCUGAGACCAGUGAAAGAUCCACUAUAUCUUGUUCAGUCAGUGGCAGACUGGCAUAAAGAAGACAAACGAAUUUAUUUCAUCAUAGUUGGACCACGUCUGAGUGUUGACUAUAGCAAUGAAGUGGAAACUACUGUUUCUAGAUUAUCUGGUGUUUGUUUGUUGCCGCCAUUGGCGCAGCCUGAUGUUCAGUCGGCGGUUAGGUCUGCAGAUAUAAUUGUUAAUACAUCGAGGAGUGAGGGGACUUGCCAAGUAUUGCUUGAGGCAAUGCAGCUGAGGACUCCCGUUAUGGCAAGAGCCAUUCCUGGAAAUGUAGACAUUGUAACAGAUUACAAAACAGGGUUGCUGUUUACAUCACCAGAGGAGUUUGUGUUGAAAGCAAAGCAGCUUCUUUCAUCUCCAAUCAUGAAAGAAAGUCUGAUUGAAGAGGCAUAUGAUUAUGUUUGUCGUGUUCAUUCAUGGAAAGACGAAGGGCAAACAUACAGUAAAGUAGUCACAAAUAUGAUGUGCAAGCGAACAGAAUACAGUGCAACUGACCAGUGAAUGCCUGCAUACUCAUGCAGUUGUAACAUAUGGCGCCACUUUGCUGACAAAGCCAUUGCAUGAUGCAAACAUAUACCAUAUUGAAUAUGUGCAGUAAAUUGUAAUUUGACGAAAGCUUCAUAUAUACAUGGACGUGUUGUAAAGGUGAAUACCAUGAAAACAA